CGCCUUUCAGCUCUGAGUUGUUCAGUUCAAGUAUUUCUCUACCUCGUGUACAAUUGAUCUCCAAAGUAUUGGACACUCGUUGCCAAGAUGAUGGGCAUGUACUUUCAUUUUGGAGUGACAGAAAAGGCGAUUCUCUUCUCAGGAUGGCGGACAACCGAUUGGCAGGGAAUCCUGGGAUCGAUGAUCGGAAUUAUUCUCCUCGCGUCGAUUUACGAGGGCCUGAAAAAUUAUCGGGAGAAUUUAUUUCUUCGAACAACUCUGAGGAAUCGUCACGGUUUAGGAAAAUUGACUCGAGGAAAAGCUCUCGUUUCGCCGAUUCAUCUUCUCCAGACUCUUCUGCAUGUGGUCCAGCUGAUCCUUGGGUACUUCCUCAUGUUCAUAUUCAUGACUUACAAUGUCUGGUUGGCACUGGCUGUUGUUAUUGGCACUGGCCUCGGAUAUUGGAUAUUUGCGUGGGAUAAAUGCACCAAUGAGCACACGGAUUGCUGCGGUUGAAGUGAUCUUCCAUUAAAAAUCAAUUAAAACCCAUAAACGUCAUCAUAAUUAUCCUCGAAUUUACCACCAAGAAACCAAUUACAAAAAUAAUAAUCAUUACCGUUUUGUUUUGUAAUUAAAAUAUAAAAAGUGAAUGACUUUA